AACCGUUAAGGGUCGACAAGGAAUAUAGUCAGUCUUACUUUGAGCCGGUAUGGGAACACAUCAAAAAUAAAACAAAAAAAAUAAAUAAAUUUGCAAUGAAAAACACCUUUUAGAAAUCCAAAUUUUUUGUUGUGACAUUCCAGUGCAAACGUGAAAUCUCUGUGAUCAGCCGCCUUACACAAGUUACCCAAGAUGUGCUGCACUCCCGGAGGCUGUUGCAAUUUGCCGUCGUGCAUCCAGUGCACUAACUUCUGCUUUAAUUGCUGGACUGGAACUGCUGCAGUGCCAUGUUGCCGAGGUAGUUGCAUUCCGGGAUGCUGUGGCAGUCCACGUUGCCGUUGUUGAUUCCGACACCAAAAUUACUGACACCGAAAGACUCUAAAUAAAAUAAAAAAAUAAACAAUCUA